AUGUGUAAACCAGAGACAGACCUGUAGAUAUGGCUGGGCCGUUUCCUCAGGGGGAUGUUGUGGAUAACCUGGCAGACCAGUCAGCCGCUCUCCGAGCUGUGUGAUGACUCUUACAUGUGUCAGGGGUCAGGGCAGCCUUCCGUCCAAUAAUAAAAAAUUUAAAGAACUCCCGGUACCAAUCAGCAGGCAGAACCUGGACUCCAGGAGGGACGUUACCGGGCAGGAUGCCAGAAGACCAGAGACCAGGGAGGCUUAGAGAAAGGUGUUUAUAAAUAUCUCCUGUUUCUUGGGAAGUUUACAUUGAGUAUGACUGAAAACAAACUGGUCUUUUUGUGUAAGCCCCAUUCAAAAAUGCCUACCAUUCUUGGAGGCUUCGUAUCACCUUUGAGCCCGUUUAGAGUGAAAGCGGGUCUCUGAGCACUUGGAAAAUAAUCAUGCACAUGUGUAUUUGUUGAGGGCUUUGCCUAAAUUAUAUCGGGGCUCUGUUGAGUACUGAGUUUGUUUUCCCUGUCUUAUCUUUUGAAGGCCCAAUGUGUGUGGCUCUCGCUUCCACUCCUACUGUUGCCCUGGCUGGAAGACUCUGCCUGCAGGGAAUCAGUGUAUCGUCCGUAAGUACUAAGAAGUUAUAUUACAUUAUAUCAAUCCGUUGAUGACUAAAUAACUUGAGUCAUUGUGGGUUGCCUUUCCAUUGGUAGUCCAAUAAAUCAAAUGGAAGCCUAUUGUAUUUGUAUAGCGGUUUCACACAAAUGAAGUGCCAAAACCCCGCCGAAGAGUUGGCCAAGAGGGGAGCCCAUCCUCUUUUGGGUGGCUGUGUAGAGGUUGCUUUGACAUCUCUAUGGCAUUGUGUCUGUGUCUCCUCCCAGCGAUCUGCCGUAACUCGUGUGGUGAUGGCUUCUGCUCCAGACCCAACAUGUGCACCUGCGGCAGCGGCCAUCUCUCCCCCAGCUGUGGGGCCGGAGCCGGAGGUGAGUCACAACAACUAGCACCCUACACCCCCACCAAUUUACCAGCAACCACCCAAUACACCCCAACACCACCCAAGACAACCUAACACACACAAUGGACCACCACAUCUAUAGAUACAGGAAAGUACAGCAAUCCAUGUUGGUACCACCAACUGUUCCAUGACAAUAUCACCAUUCCAAUUUGCUAAAUCUCAAACUGAGUUUGCCUAGGUAUCUCUGUGUAUUCAUGGGCGCGUUCGACAUUGCAGCCGACUUUAAAGGCGAGUCGAGACUGACUGAUCUACAAAUCACUUUGCAUCAUAAAUAACUACUUAAUAUUAUUUGUAGAUCAGUAACAAUUUAUCCAUGAUGCAUCACGGUUUCAGCCCAUUUCUUUGCCUGAAAGCUUUCAGCCGCUUCAGACUGCAGCCUCCAGGCCACCGAGUUUGGGAGGAUUAAUGCACAUGGCUGGGGCUCCUAGCCUUUGGAGAAGCACUUUUACAACACUUACUGAGUGUGUGUUGCAUGCUCGGCUGGGCCCGGGCAGUCUCGUCAGUCACGCCUAGCCCCUUCAGGCCCUUGUACACACACACUGAGCUCUGAGCCCUGAGUGCGGGCCUCCCCGUCUGACCCUGAGGUGUAAAACAGGAUUGACUCCACAGUCCACACUGGUUGGACGCCCCAGAGAGGCCCGACACCAGCUUUAUGUGCUGGGAAAACAGUUCCCAAAACCAGAGUAUGAGUGGCUAACGUCCCCCCAUAGACAGGACAGGCCUCCAGGCCUCCAGCAGAGCCCAAGUAAAGUGAUGGGAAAUGGUAUGAAACAGUAUGAAGUAAUUUCCCUCAGAGAGAGAGAGAGGACAUAGAGGCAGGAACUGAUUGUCACACUCACUGCUUCUGCUCUCAUACACGGGAUGUAUGGGCUGUUUACAGACCUGCCUUACAGUAUUGGGCUUUUCCAGAUAAACUAAGACAGGAAUAGUAGGUCUGGAGUUUGUUUUGUCUGAUUUUUGGCAAAGGGACCAGAAAUGUUGUAAUUCAACACUGUGAGUUGUGUGUAUCAUUAAAGACGGUUCUCUCUCUCUGGCCUUCUGGAAGAUUUUAUGGGGUCAAGGGUCAUGCAGGUUUAUGACUGCUGAUGGCAUAAAUACACCCAUCGGCCAGUGCUGGGAAAUGGCUCUGUCAAAGCGUGGCAUCUGGCCUCUGUUUCAUACAGGUUUCAUACAGGUCAGCAGUAUAGCGCUGGGGAGUUUCUGUCCAACAAAGCUAUAUUUGAUACUUCAUAAAAACCUGCUCUGUCUAAAUCAAUCCUCCGUAUGUUUUGAAACUGUAGGUUGACCUGUGGUUCUAUUUCACUGUUGUGUUCAGUUUUCACUAUGCAUCUCAGUGCUUGAUUUUAGUAGGAAAGCAAAGCACUUUGACACGUUACAGAAACUUCAGGCCUUCCUAUGUUGCAAUACUGCUUUGGGUAAUUCAGACUAAGAGAAGCUAUAUAGAGUUGUUGGUAAAUACUGUGCAUUUCCCUUCCUUUUAAUUACAUCCGGUCUCUGACACCGUAGUCAUUGGUCAGGUUAUUGAUAGUACUUUUAUGGCUCAGAGGCCACAUCUGGAAUGUAG